AUGGAAGAAGAUCGCGCUGCCACGAAUCUGGGGCCUACCCCUGAAGAGGACUUGAAUGGCGAACCCAACAUUGCUCCCAAGCAACCGAAGAAGAGAUUUGUCGGCCGCAGGGCAGCAGAGAGCGCAGCAGCAGCAAGAGCAAAGGCCGACCCAAACGCAAAUAUCGAGGACAGCGGCGCAAUACAAGUAGCGCAACCCCGGAGAACAGCACGCGCCUUGAACAACAUCCCAGCCUCUAUCCUGGAAGACCCGGACAUCAACGCUGCUAUUUCAUUGCUCCCCUCAAACUACAAUUUCGAAAUCCACAAGACCAUCCACCGCAUCCGCCAGAAUAACCACAAGUCCGUGGCGCUCCAGCUCCCCGAGGGCCUUCUCCUGUUUGCGACAACAAUAUCCGAUAUUCUCACCCAAUUCUGCCCGGGGAUAACCACAACGAUAAUGGGCGACGUGACCUACGGCGCGUGCUGCAUCGACGACUUUACUGCGCGAGCUUUGGGCUGCGAUCUGCUGGUCCACUACGCACAUAGUUGUUUGAUACCCGUUGCGGUCACCAAGAUUGCAACACUAUACGUUUUUGUCGCCAUUGGAAUCGACACGCAACACCUAUGCGACACGAUUGUCCGGAACUUCAAACCAGGACAGACGAUUGCUAUGGUAGGAACAAUUCAAUUCAACGCAACCAUCCAUGGCAUUGCACCGCAACUACGCCGAGAAGGCUACAAUAUCAUCGUACCUCAGAUCAUGCCGCUAUCCAAAGGCGAAAUUCUGGGAUGCACAUCCCCGCGCUUCUCUACGCCCAAGCAAAAGUCCGAAUCUCUCGUAGCCUCAGCCGCUGCAAACGCCUCCAAGGAUGGUCCCAUUGAAGCCGAUUGCUUGCUAUACCUCGGAGAUGGUCGCUUCCACCUCGAGUCGGCACAAAUCCACAACCCACACCUGCCUUCAUACCGUUAUGAUCCCUACAGCCGUCGCCUGACCCACGAAACCUAUGCGCACGCUGAAAUGUACUCCCUCCGUGCAUCAGCCAUUCAGUCGGCACAAAAGGCUCGUAAAUGGGGGUUGAUCCUCGGCGCCUUGGGCCGCCAGGGCAAUCCACACACCCUCACCCUGAUUGAGAACCACCUCAAGCAGAAGGGCAUUCCAUGCAUGAAGAUUCUGCUGAGCGAGAUCUUCCCGGGGAAACUGCAGAUCAUGAGCGCCUCCAAAGAGGACAAAAGGAAAGCGGGUGUCGAUGAGGAGGAUGGCACAAGCGCGGAAGAUGGUGGUGUGGAAGCUUGGGUUCAGAUCGCUUGCCCGAGACUGAGCAUCGACUGGGGAUACGCCUUCCCUCGGCCUCUGUUGAGCCCAUACGAGGCUUUGGUGGCGCUAGGCGUCCGAGAAGGAAAGUGGAUGGACAAGGCCGGCAAAGAAGAUGUUGGUGACGACGUGUAUCCGAUGGACUUUUACGCAAAGGAAGGGUUGGGCAGGACAACUGCCGGAGAUGUGCAGAUCCGAGCUUGA